AUGACACCCACAUGCACUCUGGUCUUCGAGAUCCCAGAACUGGCCGGUCUGGUCGUAUCAUUCCUCAGCCCAUGGAACAUUUCAAACCUUAUGCAGACAAGUCGACAGAUGCACGCGACCAUGGAACCAUGGUUCUACCACAACCUGAUCACGAUCCAUCGUACUGGGAAAGUCGGUCUGUUACAGUCACCGGACAGUCUGACGGCCCUGGCAAGAAAUUUUCAUCACACGAAGCGGUGGGAGACCGAUCUUUAUUACCUUGUUCAGUUCUUUCACGCCAUUACACCUGCUCUUAAACCAGCCGCCGCAACCACACUCGCACUCGGGGAACUGGAGAAAGAGCAGGAACUGCUGCCGCUGCAGGAGAAGGAGCGAGAAGGGAAUGAUCCUUCAACCUCUCCCACGUAUCCAUUGCCCGCACCAUCAUCGCCACUGGCUGCCACUGUCACAACGACCGCGAAGACAACAACAGCACAACAACUCGCCCCCCCAACGGGUACGGAUUGGUACAUCCCAGUGUCUAUGCCACCAAUGACCCUCAUCACCAAGCUGGAUAUCUGUCUCGAGUCCAAGGUCUGCAGAAUGCAGCCAGCUUGUGACUUUGACCGCUGGAGUCAAUAUUCCACAAUCGACUACCUCUGUGCAACCCUGACGCGCCUCCCGCACCUCCGCGAAUUGAGUCUGAGCCAGCUCUCCCUCUGGGACGGUAUGAGGGCAAGAGCCUUUGUCUUAACUCUGCGUAAGAUGACAAGCCUGAGACAUCUUCGGGUUUUGUUAUCCCAGUCAGGAAUGUCUUCCGAACUCGCGUCGUUGCUUCUCUUUGGUUGUCCGCAGUCGAUCAGGAGUCUAGAUAUUAAUAAGGAUGAAGAAGAGGGUUCCCUGCAGAUGAAUCGCAUAGACGAGCCCCAAACGACCACCGCCAUAAUGGAGGAGAUCGCCAUUAUCAAGGACGAGGUCCAGGCCCGAGGAGAAACGACACCAUUGAUCCAUCUUCGAGACCUUCACCUUUGCAACGUACCGACGCUGACGACACACGAGGACCUCUACGCGGUCUUUGGCCGUUGCCCUAAUGUCGAGAACCUUCAUUUGCGUUGGCAGUUUAUCGCCGACACGUUAGAUGGUGCUAAGAUUGCCAGGAUGUGUCCCAAGAUCCGUAACAUUACCUACUGGAAUCCUGCUACUCUGUGUAUUGUCGAGGAAUGGCCUUACAAGUUGUCGCUCACUCUGCCGGAGCACCAGUUGAAAACGUUCAGGCAUCAUGGGACCGACACACCUCUCGAAGGCGAUUUGGUCGGCCUGGCAUUGAUGCGGCACGCACGCAGUCUCCAAGACGUGCGGAUUCAGAACCGAGUCCCUAGCAAGUCUAUCGGGAUGAUUUUAGAGUAUUGUGAGGCGUUGGAGGUCUUGAACGUCCGAGAUUCGACGAUGGGUCUGGAGGAUGCGAUUGCCGGUCCGUGGGCCUGUUUGAGGUUGAGGGAGUUACAGCUGGAUAUCGACACUAUGAUCCCUCGUAAGCCCUCGUAUCUGCGCCCCCCACCAUCACGUCGCUCCGCCAAAGAGAAGCAGCUCUUUGACCGCCUGGAGAUCCUCUACCGCCAGAUCGGAAAGCUGACGAACCUUCGAUACCUUCAUCUCGGCAACCCAACUCGCAAUUACAAUAAGCGGUCGACCGAGAAAUACAUCCAACCGUUCCCGGGAUUGUUGAGACUGAGCGACAAAGAGAAGAGGACUGUACCAGGAUACCUCGAGCUGUUGAGCGGGUUAACGAGACUGAAAGAGAUUCAUGGAUCGGUAGCUCCAGAGACGCCGUAUCACAAGAUGGAGGUGGAUGCGAAGGAAGUGAAUUGGAUUCUGGAGCAUUGGCCAGAGUUUGCAGAGGCGAGUUUCUUCCCAACGUGGCGUUCGAAGAAUCGUCACCCUAGAUGGUAUUUGUACCGUUGA